AUGGCUGCUCCACACCAACAGCAAAGGCAGCAACACCAGCAGCCUCCUCAAGCCUACCAGCAGCAGCAGCCCAUGGCGGCACAGCAGCAGUCUCGCGGCCCUGGUCUGUUCGGACAGAUGGCUUCCACCGCUGCCGGUGUUGCCGUUGGAUCCACCGUGGGUCACGGUCUGUCCAACAUGCUCUUCGGUGGUAGCAGCUCUGCACCCGCCGAGCAGGUCGAGCAGCCUCCUCAGGCCUACAACCAGGGUGCCUACCCCGGUCAGCAGCAAACUAUGGGUGCCAACUGCGAACAGCAGAGCAAGGACUUCAUCAAGUGUCUCGAGAGCAGUAAGUGCCAGAAUCUGAUAUAG